AUGGCUCCUGCUACUGACGCUAAAUCGAAGGCGUCUAAGACCGGUGCCGCCCUCACCAAGGGUGUGCAGGUCAAGACCCGCAAGGUCAGGAAGAAUACCACUUUCUUCAGACCUAAGACUCGUCAGACUCCCAAGGCUCCCAAGUACCCCCGUUCGGCUACUCCCACAUUGACUAAGAUGGACAAGUACCGCAUCAUCCGUUCCCCCAUGACCUCCGAGUGGGCCAUGAAGCACAUCGAGGAUCUCAACACUUUGGUCUUCCUCUGUGACAUCCAGGCCACCAAGCAGCAGAUUCGCGAUGCCGUUGAGUCUCUUUACGACAUCAAGUGCAAGAAGGUGAACACUUUGGUGCGUCACGAUGGUCUUAAGAAGGCUUAUGUCAAGUUGGCUGAUGACUUCGAUGCCCUUGAUGUUGGUAACAGAUCGGUAUCAUCUAAUCAGCUUCGCGGAUAUCAUUAG